CGCACUCUGCAGUGACAGUUUACAGACUUUGUUUCCAGGAAUGUAAACACUGUUUAGAUGCUGGCUUGCUGACUUGUAUUUCGCUGCUGUAAAACGCACAGUUAUGGCUUUGCAUUAGCUUCCUGAGUACUGACAUGGCGUUUUUAUAUUGAUCCAUUUUCGACCGUCUUUUGUCGUUUGAGUCCACACACGAUUAUAUGCUGUGACCAUGACCAAAGACAUUGUUGUUGGAGAUGAAUUACCAGACUGGGUGGGGGCCAAGGAGUUUUACCAGAAAUAUGACCCCAAAGAGGUGAUAGGAAGGGGUGUGAGCAGUGUGGUACGCAGGUGUGUGCACAGACACAUGGCCCAGGAGCUGGCAGUGAAGAUAAUCGAGAUCACAGCAGAAAAGAUGACAGCCCAGCAGCUGGAGGAGGUGAAAACCUCCACGCUGAAGGAGAUCCAAGUCCUCAACAUGGUGAAGGGACAUUCCUCCAUCAUUACUCUCAUUGAUUCCUAUGAGUCUACAACCUUCAUAUUUUUGGUGUUUGACCUCAUGAGGCGAGGCGAGCUGUUUGACUACCUCACAGAAAAAGUUACUCUGAGUGAGAAGGAAACCAGGAGCAUGAUGCGAGCCCUGCUGGAGGCGGUGCAGUACCUCCACUCUUUCAACAUCGUCCAUCGGGAUCUGAAACCGGAGAACAUUCUCCUGGAUGAUCAGGGACACAUCAAGCUGUCGGACUUCGGUUUCUCAGUGCAGCUACAGCCUGGGGAGAAGCUUCGGGAGCUAUGUGGGACCCCGGGUUAUUUGGCCCCUGAAAUACUGAAAUGCUCGAUGGAUGAAACGCACCCAGGCUACGGCAGAGAGGUCGAUCUCUGGGCAUGUGGCGUGAUCCUGUUCACCUUGCUGGCUGGCUCACCGCCGUUCUGGCAUCGCAAGCAAAUGUUGAUGCUGAGGAUGAUCAUGGAGGGCCGCUAUCAGUUCAGCUCCCCAGAGUGGGACGACAGAUCUGACACGGUGAAAGAUCUGAUAUCCAGGCUCCUGGUGGUGGAUCCAGCUGCCCGUCUCACUGCUGAGCAAGCCUUGGCACAUUCUUUCUUCAGACAGUACCAGAAGGAAGAUGUGCGGCUCUUCAGCCCCAGAAAAACAUUCAGGGUGUUGAUAGUUACUGUGUUGGCGUGCAUCAGGAUAUACAGCCGUUACCGCAGGGUUCGUCCGCUGACUCGGGAGGUGCUGGCCAGAGAUCCUUACUCGCUCCGUGGCGUCCGCAAGCUCAUCGACGGCUGCGCCUUCCGUAUCUACGGCCACUGGGUGAAAAAAGGGGAGCAGCAGAACCGAGCCGCGCUCUUCCAGAACACGGCUAAGAUCAUGCUGCUGGACCUGGAGGACUUUGAAACAUAAAAAGGUCGACCUCAUUCUUAACCACAUCGGUUUUUAUUCAUUUGCAUGUGCUGUCGUGUCAGUGUUUGUCUUGUCAAGUUACUGUGUUUAAUCUCCAAGCUGAGAAAUUCAGGGACUGGGACAUUUGUUUGCCUUAAUGCGUACUGUGGCUCUGAAAUUCCAACAAAAGCAUGCACAACUUCAUAUUCCUUGUCUGUCUUUUAAAUCAAGUUUGUGGCUGUUUUAAAGUCCUCAUGUCAGGUCAUCAUGUUUGCAGUAGAGGGAACAUUGCACAAUUAUUUGAUAAAACACAUCAACUAUACGCACAUUUAUAUGUAUUAACUGUUGAUCAUCAUUAAGAUCCUGAGCAGAGGACGCUUCUAUAAGCACUGUGUGGCCGAUGUGCACAUAAAAGCACUGUGAUUGGUUAUUUAAUAGAUAAUUAUACUAAUACUUAUUGUACUGUAUUAAAGCUCAGAUUAUAAAUAUUCCAUUGUUACAAUUCAGUAUUUGAGUAGAUGCGCAAGACAUUCAAGUAUGUUAUUUGGAGUGUUUUUAGUAGAAAAGUCUCGUAGCUGUCAUGCAUGUAGACAUUCUUUACAUGAAAACCAACUUACACUAACUGUGACUUUAUUUUCCUGUUCAAACUAACCAACAGCAUUCCCUACUCAGCUCAUUCUCCUGUUUCAUAAGUGGACCAUUUCCUUUCUGAGAAAUGUACAAUAUAGAUGCAGAUAUAUAUUGUACAUUAACAAAAAGUCUAUUGACAAUAAAACAAAUAUUUAAGUUUGAA